GGUCGUCGUUGGAUUGUCGCGAUUAAUCCAAACAUCAUCUAACGACGGACGAAAACAUCCAGACAGAACCAACGGUCCUGGCCACGUUAACCUCUCUACACGCAGCUAACACAGCGCAAAUACUUUGCUGUACAAGUCAUUCGGAAAAUAUCUGUACCCGCUCAAGGCACAUAUACACAUACACAUACACGCACUCAUAAUAAACCUAUCAUGACAAUCUUACCGAAAUCCGACACACGAUAAGGAGUUGAAGAACCAAGCAGGUCUUUCGACGUCGAGGGGGACCAAGCACGAAGACGAGGGCUUCGCGUCCCUCGGGAAGCGGGUGUGAUGCACGUCGAGGCAGCGUCGAGGACGACCCUCGCGACGUCGGUGUGACGUGCAGUCCCUGUUUGCCUCUCCCCCUUCCCUCACCCGUCGCCGCUUCCGACGAAGCCCCGGUCCGUUCUUUAGGUGAUGGGGAGACGGUGGGCGUACUGGGUGUGGCUCGUGAUAAGAACAUGGGCGUGGUGGGUGAUAAUGUGCGGGCGGGCCGGUGCUGAUAGCUCACCCUUCCCGGGGCGACCCACUCCGGGCACCGUCCCUGCAGCUGCGGCCGUCGCAAAGGCAAAGGCAGCGGUUGAUACGUUAGCCAACAACAACGUGAGACCCAACGUCGUCGCGGAGGUUCCUGGCAUCGAUGUCGGUCCGCUCGUGGCAGUGACCGUAGCCCUGGGAGACACGGCCAGGCUCCAUUGCAGACAUCCACAGCCUCUCAAUGACACGCUGAAUCUUGUGCUCUGGUAUCUCAACCACACAUCCCGGCCCUUCUUGAGCUACGACGCGCGCGCGGGGAAAGACCACCGCUUCCCCGCCCUUUUCAACGGAAGUGGAGGAGGAGGCGGCGAAGGAGGGCGAGAGGGAGAGGACCUCGCCAGCAACAGGAUGAGGCUGGAAGAAGGAGGGACGUCGCUAGUGGUGGAGGACGUGCACAAGGAGGACGUGGCGGAGUACCGGUGCCGAGUCCACUUCCGCCUCUCGCCCACAUGGACGCAGAGGCUCCUGCUCACCGUGCCAGAAUUUGUAAGUGGACUGGUUCUAGUCGACCUCUCCGGCCAAGUGGUAACUGGAGGACGAGUAGGACCUCUGUCUGAGGGCGACCUCCUCACACUCACCUGCAAAGCCCUGCAUGGCGCAGCCAAAGUGGAGAGUCUCCAGUGGAUCUUGGGUGGAGUGGAGGUGGACUCGACGUGGAGGCGUGUGGGCGAGGGCAUCUCUACGAACGUCCUAGACUUAGGCGGCCUGGACCAGAGGCACCACAACGCCCGCCUUACCUGUCGCCUCACCACCAGCGACCCCGCCCACGCCCAUGUCCUCGCCAACAUCACGGACGUCUCCACAAUCAUCACCAUGUUCCAUGUUCCCGAGGCGACGAUCGUUGUGGACGGAGGCCGGGAGGAAGAGGGAGGUCACGAGGUCACGGAGGGAGACGGGGUCACCUUCAAGUGCGUUGUCUCGGCCGACCCUCCUGCUUACAAUAUCACUUGGCUCCAUAAUGGCCGCGUGGUCACCGCUGGGGGCCGACGGUGGCAGCCUGACAACAGCACCCUGUCCGUCACCCCCGUCACCAAGGAGGACGCCGGCCUGUACACCUGCCUGGCGUCCAACUCGGAGGGUGACGGCCACUCCAACGCCGUGCUGCUGCGAGUGGCCCACAGACCGCAGUGCUCGGAGCGGACGGAGCGCCACCUGGUUGUCGCUACCAACACCUCGGUGACCCUGAGCUGCCAGAUGGAGUCCUUGCCCGAGAACGUGAGCUUCACCUGGACCAUGGCGCCGUCACUCCUCGAUCCCGCCCACGAGAAGGAUAUGGUGGGCGUGCGGGGCGGAAUCAUCACCGGCGACGCCCCUCCGCCGCACCACCCCGGGCUCAUUGACCUCACCCCUGGCCAUCCCCCUCCCUCCGACCCCGCCCGCCCUUGGUUGACGCCCCCCUCGCCGCGCCCUUGGGAUCCCGAGGGCCGCGGCGGGGCGUGGGAGGCCUCGGCGGAGGACCUGGUGGGCGACGGGAACGUCCUCCUCAAGCAUCGGACGGACCCUACGAGUCCCACUCGAUCCACCGUCACCUUCAAGCCUUCCGCGCCCGUGCAGGUCUUUUGCUACGCGCGCAACCGCGUCGGCCGAACGCGCGUUCCGUGCAGCUACACACUCACCCUCGUCGAUCCUCCACAACCGCUGAAGAAGUGUAACGUGACGUUGGCAGCACAGACGCGCCUUGAGGUGAGAUGUGAAGAUGACAUGAAAGCUCCUGAGGGAAAUAAACAACGCCAGGACACUCCUCAGGUUCAUCAUUCCCCGGGAAUAAGUUUUGUCAGGUCAUCUGAGGUCAGAACGAGCGCUAACCUUGAGGUGUGGUCGAGCGGGACCCUGGUGGCCAAUGUGAGCGAGGACCGGCCUGUCUUCGUGGUGGAAGGCCUUCCUCCUGCGUCGUCCCUCAAGCUGGCCAUGUACGCCGUCACGCCCCACGCCCGCUCCAAGCCCCUGUUCCUGCACGCCCGUACUCUUCCGCGGCCGACGGUCAGGCCUGUUGAAAUCUCCACCAAGGACCUGGAUGACGACGACGACUUCCUGGCGGAGGAGGAAGGCUUCUGGAUAGGCGUGGGCGGGACGGUGGGCGGCCUCGCGGGCGGGCUAGGGGUGCUCCUGAUUCUAGGGACGCUGAUUGUUGUGGCGAUUCAGUCUCGUCUGCGGAGGCAGGGGGCGCAGGGGGGCGAGGACCCCUUGCCCCAGCACCCUCUAGACGCCCAUUCGGUGGCCUCCAGCGCGCACCUCGAGUCGCACACGCCCAUGGAUACUCGACCUUCAGUUUACUGCGUGGGGAGCAGCGGGGAGGCGGGGGAGACGCCGUGGCUGGAGACGUCUAUCACCCCCCUCGUUGCUCCGAAUACCCUUCUCACUCCACCGACUCCUCAGGCGCCAUCGGUGAUAGCAGAGGAUGUGGGCCCGAGUGAGGUCAACUGAAGGGAAGGUCAAAAGACAGAGGUUGGAAAUGGGAGAAAGGUGA